CUAAUUUCUACCGCAGUGACGUGUUAGUGUCGUAACUUGUAACUCGCUUUACUUGACUACAAACACGAAAGACGGUUUAUAUUCGAAAAUUUUAUUAUAGUAUUCCUUCGGCGUCUUCAAACGUGUGACAAUUUGCAAUUGACAGAAUAUCACAACUUACUGCUAAAUACUAAACAAUAACGAAUAAAGACGACCUUCAAGUAGCUUGUAUCCAGAUCCACUGAAAAAAUGGCUUUGGUUGAAAAUAAAAAAAUUCUUGAAUUCUUGGAGUUAGUAGGCCGUCUAAAGCACGAGAAAAGAACAGGUUGGGUACUAUGUAACAUAAACGACUGCGAAUCCAUAGCAGGACAUAUGUACCGCAUGGGUUUAAUGACAUUUUUACUCACCGAAGAAAACAAUCCAACCAAACUAGACCGAUUUAAAUGUUUACAAAUUGCUUUAGUACAUGAUUUGGCCGAAAGUAUUGUUGGAGAUAUAACACCACAUUGUGGAAUAUCUCCAGAGGAGAAGCACAGAAGAGAGGAUGAGGCAAUGAAAACUAUUGCAGAACUCACAGGUAUAGCUGGUGACAGAAUGUAUGAACUUUAUAAGGAGUAUGAAAAUCAAAGCUCACCCGAGGCCAAAUUUACAAAGGAUUUAGAUCGCUAUGAUAUGAUUCUUCAAGCUUAUGAAUAUGAGAAGAGAGAAAAUGCACCUAAGAAAUUGGAGGAAUUCUUUAAAGCGACAUAUGGAAAGUUUGACCAUCCUUUUAUUCAGGAAUUGGCUAAAGAACUUUAUAAGCAGAGAGAGGAAUUUGAAAAGAAGGCUCUUGUAAAUGGCAAUGUAUAAGAAUAAUCAUUUCAUGUCAACUUUUCUUUGCAUUACAAAUACUGCCAUAAGAAAGUCCUAUAUUUCUAGAUAUUUAAAGCUGUCUGUUGCUGUUUCAAUAUUGAGUUAUUCUAAGAACAAACAUAUUUUCUACCUCUAUUUUUUAUUUAAAUUUAAGUCAAUAUUAUGUUAAAAUUGUAGUAUUUUUUUUAUGUUUUGACAGGGCUGGUACCCCCAAUUGAGUUAGAGUUUAGUAUAUAUCAGUUUUUUAAGUUACACUGUGACAUUACCCUGUGUAAUUUAUAAGUGAACUCUUAAAUAAGUUGUAACAUGUUCGAGACAAAGUAAUAUUAGUGUUUAUUACUGCAGCAUAUUCAUUUGAUAUUGAAUAUUCUCAGUGUAUUAUUUUUGAUUUAUUGCUUGUGGUUAUGAUAUGCAUAGUUGCAAAGUUUUGAAAGUAUCCCAAGAGUAAAACAUAAAAAAAAAUACUUUGUUAAUUUAAUGUAAACUUAGCAUAUGAUUUUGUAAUUAUUCAUGACAUGAUCAUAAUUACAAUUAUCAUAGCUAUUUGAAUACCUAGAUAGUAUACCAAAAAGUCAUUGUUAUUGUGUAAUGAGCAUGACAGUAUUUAUGUGAUACACUGGACCCUGUGUUACAAUAUGUAUAUUCGGUAUAAGUUUUGCAAUAUUAUUAAGUUACUAUGUUUUGCAAUGUUUUUACAAAUAUUAUAUUUUUGAGAUAAUUGCCAAAUUAUCUAAAGCAAAGAAUUGUGAUUGAAAUAUGAUUUAGAAAGAUGAUUUUGUUAUUUUUUUAGAAACACACACCUUUGUAUGUUCCUGGACAUAUACAUCUGAUAAUUCUAAAAUAUGAGUCUUCAAUCAGUAUGCUUUGUUCUAAAUUUUGUCACUGGAGAUAUAUCUCAAUUUGUAAUUGCUUGAUAAUAUUUAAUGUGAUAUUAAUAAAAAUUGUUUUUUUAAACGAA